AUGGGAACAGACAAUGGAACUGUCGUUUCUGAAUUCAUCCUCUCAGGCUUCUCAGGGCUUGAUCAAAGGCUACAGCUAUUUCUCUGCCUGAUCCUUCUACUCAUGUACCUGACAACGGUGAUGGGGAAUGCAGCCAUCAUUUUCUUGGUGUGUGUGGAUAACCACCUGCAAACCCCCAUGUACUUUUUCAUUGGCAAUCUGGCAUUCCUGGAAAUCUGGUUUACGUCCUCCACAAGCACCAAACUGUUGGUGAUUCUGAGCUCUGGCAGGAGAACAAUCUCAGUAGGUGGCUGCUUUGCCCAGUUCUUCUAUUUUGCCCUGGGUGCUGCAGAGUUUGCUCUCCUUGUUGUCAUGUCCUUUGACCGUUACGUUGCCAUCUGCCAGCCUUUGCGCUAUGCUGCCAUCAUGAAGCAUCAGCUCUGCAUCCACCUGGUUGCUGCUGUUUGGGUCAUGGGCUUCACAUUCUUGAGUUACCGCCUGGUGCUGCUCUCAAAGCUCACUUUCUGUGGUUCAAACAAGAUCGAGCAUUUUUUUUGUGACAACACUCCCUUAUUCCAACUGUCCUGCUCUGACACCAGCCCGCUUUGGAAAAUAGACACAGUUUUCUUAUUGUUUAUUGUGCUGUCUUCCUUGUGUUUAACUCUGGCAUCUUACACAAGCAUCUUUCUCUGUAUUCUACAAAUGCCAGCAGCCUCUGGGAGGAAAAAAGCUUUUGCUACAUGUUCUUCCCAUCUCACCACCUUGGCCAUUGCCUAUGGAAGCUGCAUUGCUCUCUACGCACGUCCCUCAGGACAUGUUUCUUUGGAGACCAACAGAAGUGUAGCUUUGCUGAACACUGUCCUGUACCCAUUCUUAAAUCCAUUCAUCUACAGUCUUAGAAACAAGGCCGUGAUGCUGGCCCUGAAGGAAGCCAUGGCCCGUGCAACAGCACAGCUUUUCUCCUAAUCGUGAUGCAUUUCUGAAGAGCAAUUUAAGUUCUCUGCUGUCAUAUCUUAUGUAAUACCACCUCCAUAUGUAUGUGACCUCCACAAGUAGAUGUCUCCAGAGGUUUAUGUUCCUGCUGGAUUGUGUUAGGCUGUUUGAUAAGAAGUGCAUCUGCACGCAAAAGGAAGGCCCAGGGAAGCAGUGGCAGGACGAGUAAUUCAGUUUAUGCCCUGCCCUGGCUGCUUCCAGGCCCAGCACAGGAGAGCCCCCAGCUCAACAAGAGCCCAACUCCAUGAGCCCAGAAGAGCACAAAGCACAAUGGCAGGGGGAAACCCAAGUCACAGGCUCCUGUGGAACCAAGAUCUUGUCCCAGCUCCUUCUAGGACUGCCUUGGGUGGACCACCACCCCGAUGUCCAGGAAGGAAACCCAU